ACUUGAAUAAAUAUAUGUACAUGUAUUCACUGACAUGGAUUUAUGAGUGUAGACAUAACGAUUACCUGUGUGUAUUUUUAAGACGAUUUCAUUGUCAUCCAAUGUGGAAAUGAGUAACCGGAAUAUAAAAGUUGUCAGGGUAACAAAGGAUGAUUAUGAUCAAGUUUGCGCCAUAACUCCACCGGGUCAAAUCUACAGUGGAACCGACUAUCUUCCUGAUUACUUUCACAUGUUACUUGAUAUGUCAAAUGUCGAAGCCUAUGCUGCUGUUGUUGAUGGUAAAUUUGCUAGUUUUUUCUUAAGUUUUGUAGUUGAUAACGGGAGAACUGUGGUAACUAGAGCAGGUAGGACAAACAAAGAGUAUGCAGGAAUGGGAUUACAAGAUGUUAUGAGGAGAAAUACAAUAAAAGACAGAAAAUAUGAUAAAAUGGCAGCAACUAGUGGAGCACACGUUAAAGCAAUAUUAGAUCAAAUUAAGUCGGGAAAAAGAGAGAAAAUUCUAAUGAUGGAAUUCAGAUCUUAUAUUACCUCAGGAGAUCAACUGAAAAGUAUACUUAACACUAUUGGAAACACUACACCUUCUUCCGCUAAACCAAUCGAUGCAAUCGAACUUGGUGAUAUACUAACCAAUCAACAAGUCUCCUGUCAUCUCUUUCCAGAAAGCCGGGUCAUUGUUGACUGGGUUCCCUAUCGACUGAUAAAAUCGAACGCUUUUCUUAUCAAAACAAUACGAACAACAGUUAUCGGUUCUAAUUUGGAAAAUGGUACCAGAAUUUUAACAUUUGGCAAUUAUUUCAAUACUACAGCAGGACUGGUAUGCAAUAUAGAGGUUUAUGGAUGUAUUGGGGAAACUUUAGCUGAACAUCUAUAUUUACAUCUGCGGGAAUUGAUUUCCCAUGAGAUUUCUGGAAAGGUCAUUAUUCGUUGUUUUUAUCGACAGGAAACAAAAUCGAAUUUCAUAACCAAAUUAAUGAACCGUUUUGGACUUGACAUUACAGAAAUUUGGGGAACUGGAUUAGUGUGCACUGAAACGACCCCAGAAAUUUAUUUUCGCUAAAGCAAGUUGUAAAUGGAAAUUUUGGAAGUUAUUUUGAAUGUUAUAUGUUACUAAAUUUUUUAUGUGUAUUACGAUAAAGACUUAAGUAUGGCAAAUAUAACUUCAGUAAUGUUGUAUGAUGUACAGAUAUGUUUAAAUUCUUGAUAAAACAAAAAAAAUAAACUCAUAGUUUUUAA